AUGCAGUCUCAAGGUCCCACGAAGGAGUCCUUCGUCUUGCCCAAGUUGAAAUACAAGUUCAAAACGGCUACUGAAACAGACCGCUUUGCCCUUUACGACGUCAAGUUCUUUCCCUACUCAAGCCCCCAGGAGGAAGAGCCAGUCUUCGCCGUGGUGGGCCAGCGGAAAGUGCUUAUCGGUCGUCUCUCGACCCAAAGCAAUGUCGUGGUGGAAAUGAUUCACGAGCUGGUGGACCAACAGGAGACCGACAAUGCAGAUUCGCCGGGCUUAAAUUCUUGUUCAUGGUGCUACGUUGACCCCGAGGUGCCUCUACUGGCAGUUGCGGGCGGUUCAGGGCAACUGAAAAUCAUCAACGCUAUCGACGGUCAGUUAUUCAAAACAUUUAUUGGACAUGGACAUGGGACCAUCAACGAUAUCGCCACGCAUCCGCUCUAUCCGUGGAUUGUCGCCACAGCUUCGAUGGAUAAGAGCCUUCGAAUCUGGGAUUUGCGGCGUUACGCUAGCCCUCAUGAAUCUCCGACCAUAAUCAUCUGUGGCCAGGCAACGGGACACUGUGAGGGGAUUCUGACGGUGUCAUGGCAUCUCAGUGGGCGAUAUCUGGUCACUGGGGGCCAUGACCAACGUGUUUGCAUCUGGACGGUCCCGGAUCUACACGACCGCUCGCCUUUCUGGCACCAAAUCUCCCCAGAAGGAAGGAAGCGAAGUGCUGACGAAGUGCUGACCGUAUAUUAUCCCCACUUUGUCAGUUCAGGUGUCCACUCUAACUUUGUGGAUUGUGCACGGUUCCUCGGCGAUCUGAUCAUAUCCAAAGCCGCGGGCGAGGACAAGAUAGUGCUCUGGAAAGUAACGGGGUUCGAUUCUCGAUCGCCGCCUCCUGACCCUGCCACAGCGCCCAAGGUGGAGGAGUUUCUGGACAAUCGGAACGGGUUCAUGCGCCGGGUUGUCCGGGAUGGGAGGGGCGUAGAAAAGGUCGAGGUUGCAGAAGAAUACGAAGGACACCCCUCGUACGAACGACUGCUCGAAUUUGAAAGCCCCCACGUCGAGCAGUUUUAUCUUCGGUUUGGCCUCUUAUUGCCGUCGCCGGAUCAUCCCGACCAGCAUCCAGUCCUUGCGUUUGCCAACGCGGCAUCCGAGCUACGGUUUUGGGAUUUGGAGCGACUCUCGUUGGGCCAUGCGGCCGGACUUGAUGAUGCGAAAAUCAUGCAGACAGCAAAGAAGAAAUUACAGAAGGGCAUCGCCCGGCCGGUCAAACCACAAGAACGGCUCCAGCGCAUGCGUAGCAACUCGAGCAGCAUGCGAGAUACCGACUCUCCUGUUUCUACAACAUCGAAUUAUAGCUUUGGAGGCUGGCCUCGACAGACCUCGACGGAGGCGACCAGCGAGAUAUCCGACCUGGUAUCCCCCGCCCCGCCUCAGCUCCCCCCUGUCCGCGAUCGUGACAGAUAUCCAAUCCAUGAUCCGCACGAACCACUCAAGCCCCAUGCCAAAGUCUCCUUGAGCGAGAUGCAAUUUAAGAACAUUGCAGUUUUCAAUGCAAGAGCAGCGGACUGGAGUCCCUGUGGAAGAUGGUGCAUUGUGGCGGGUGAAUCGGCAAGAGUGACAUCCACUGGGGGGACCGAAGGGAUUGGGGGAUUUGCCGUGCUGCACCGAUGA